AUGGCAACCACCAACAACGACACCAAACUCGACGUCUGCCUCGUCGGCGUGGGCGGCGUGGGCACCAUCACCUCGUACGUGCUGGAGAAGUCGGGACGGGCACGAGUCACGGCCGUGUUGCGGUCCAACUACCACAUCGUCAAGGACCAAGGUGUUGACAUUGAUUCGGUCGACCAUGGCGAGGUUCGAGGUUUCAAGCCGACCCAUGUCGUCCCAUCCCUUUCCGCGGCCGCCAAAACCGUCCCCAACGGAUACGACUUCAUCGUCAUAACAACCAAAGCCCUCCCCGAUCUUGUGGCCGCAAUGAUUCCCGACCUGAAACCACUCAUCACCGAAGGAAAAACCAGUCUUGUCCUAAUCCAAAACGGCUUGAACAUCGAGACCCCCCUCGCCGAAGCAUUCCCCACCACACCAAUCUUAUCGGCCGUCAGUAUGAUCGGUUCUCGAAACACAUCACCACGGACAAUCUACCACGAAGACCCAGACGAGAUGAGACUGGGCCCCUUCUACCACCACGACAAAGACCCAAACAGCAAACCCUACUUAUCUCAUGAAACCCAACUCGACGCCGCCAAACGCUUCACGGAUCUCUACAACGCGGGACUGGUCGACGCCAAACCCAAAACCGGAGCACAAUGCGAACUCGUCGACGACGUCGUCGGUGCCCGAUGGCGCAAACUGCUGUGGAACGGCUCCUUCAACACAAUCUGUACUUUGCUCCGGAUUUCUGUCGGCGAAUUGCUCUCCAGCCCCGGCCGCGAUACGCUUCUUGAACCCGCUAUGCGCGAGAUCGCCGCCAUCGCCACCGCCGCGGGUUUCGGUCGUAACGUCUCCGAGGAAAUCAUCCAGACGACCCUCAAGGGUACUCCGCCCACCAGCCCCUUCCGUCCCAGUAUGUUGGUCGAUCUCGAGAAAGGUCGUCCCAUGGAACUCGAUGUCAUCCUCGGCGCUCCCUUAAAGGUCGCUCGUCAGUACAGUGUCCCCACUCCCGUCUUGACCCAGGUCCAUGAGUUGUUGAGGGUCGUCCAGUGGACUCUUACCCAAAAGAAGACCCAGCCUCAGCCUCAGCCGCACGCCCAAACCAAUGGUCACAUUUAG